CUGUGGGAGCAGAUGACGAGGCUCUUCCCUGACCAUGUUGCGCUCUCCGACCCCCUCCAUGGCUUCGGGGACGACAUGACGUACAGCCAGGCGUCGGCAGCGAUCACGCGCAUGGCUGGGUUCUUGCAAGAGCUCGGGGUGCAGAAGGGAGAUAAGAUAGCUCUCUUCUCGGAGAACAGCUACAGGUGGAGCCUCGUUGACUCGGCGAUCCUUCAGGCUGGCGCUGUAGACGUUGUGCGAGGAGCGACUGCGCCUGUGGACGAGCUGAAGUUCAUCUACUCGGACAGCGGGAGCAAGGCGUGCGUUGUGGAGAACGUGGAGCUGCUGGAGAAGCUGGUGAAGCAGGCGAAGCUCGGGACUGAGGUCGAGCCCGAGUUCGUGGUGGUGAUGUACCCCAAGGACAAGAGCGGGGAGACGAUCAAGAGAGAGGCUGGGCUGGGCUCAAGCUCGACCCGCGUCGUCACAGUUGACGAGAUGCUACAGUCUUCCAGCUCUUACACGCCAGUGUCAGUGGAGGAGGAGGAUACAGCGACGCUGCUGUACACUAGCGGAACGACAGGGCACCCGAAAGGAGUGGUCCUGACCCAUGGGAACCUUCUACACCAGAUGCUGGAGAACGUCUACAGCCCUUCCCUCCCCCUCGAGCCCCUCCCCGGCGACGUUUUCCUCUGCAUCCUCCCGUGUUGGCACAUCUUCGAGCGCUUUGCCGAGUACUACUCGCUGGUGAGAGGAGCCAAGUUGGUCUACAGCAGCGUCAAGACCUUCAAGUCAGACCUCCUCCGCCACCGCCCCCACAUCCUCGUCGCCGUCCCCCGUCUAUACGAGAACGUGUUCCAAGGCGUCCAGGCCAAGUUUGCAGCAGGGUCGUCACUGCAGCGCAUGCUGGUAGCGUUCUUCACUGCGGUAGCAACCAAGAAGAUGGAGGCAAAACGCUCCCUCCUCAACGCUGCUGCUAUCGAGCCGCAGGAUCAGCCCGCGUUCCUCCAGCGAUCCCCUGCCAAGAAGCUGCUUGACCAGCUCGUCUCCAUGCUCACUGUCUUCCUCCUCGCUCCUUUUGCUGCCAUCGGUGACCGUCUCAUCUGGUCUAAAGUGCGGGAGGGUCUGGGAGGGAGGAUCAAGUGCCUCAUCUCAGGGGGAAGCAAACUUCCGACGGCGCUUGACAACUUC